AUGGAUGGUACCUUCACAUCAUGUCCAGAUUUAUGGGAUCAAGUAUACAUCAUUCAUGCCAGAGUUGGUCAAAACACCUUCCCUCUAGUGUUCGCCCUUUUGCCAGAUCGUCAAGCAACAACCUAUGGCCGGCUUUUUCGACAACUGAAGACAGAAGUUCAAGAGCGACUCAACAGACUAAUGUCACCUAGCAAGAUACAGAUCGACUUUGAACAGGCCGUUGUCAGCGCGAUCGAGACAGAGUUUCCGCAAGCAGUGAUCAAGGGAUGUUUUUUUCAUUUCACCCAGGCUAUUUGGAGAAAGACUCAAAGUCUUGGACUUGCAGUCAUGUAUAAGGAGGACCCCCGUGUGACCCAGUGGAUUCGACGAGCAGCUGGGCUAGCUCUGCUGCCCAUUCCCUUUGUUCAGGAUGCGUGGGUUCAAGCUAUGCAGUCGACACCAUAUGUGCCUAGAGCUGUGGACUUUAACGACUAUAUUGUGAGAACCUGGGUGGAUGAUGACGCCAGAUUCUCAAUGCGCAUGUGGAACCAUUUCGAAACUGAUGGACCCAGAACCAACAACAACCUUGAGGGAUUCCACAGCCGACUGAACUACCUACUGCCACAUGUUCACCCUAACAUCUACAGAUUCAUUGAAGUCAUCCAGAAAGUUGAGUUCAGUGAAAGGACUAAGGUGAUGCAAUUGAACUUUGGUGCGGCACCACGCUGCCGCAAGAGAAUCUACAGAGAGACAGAGAACUGCCUGGUACGACUCAAAGAUCAGCUGCAGCAGGGUGACAAGUCUGCUAUUGAGUAUUUAGAUGCUUGUGGACAUUUGCUUCGUUUGGGAUAA